AUGACUGACGAGGAAUCGAGGGCUCUGGCUGUGAGGACGGUUGCGGCCGUCUUCAUGUGUAUAGCCACGAUCUCGGUGAUGCUUCGUUGCUAUGUUCGCGGCUGGUUAGUGAAGGCCUUUGGAUGGGAUGAUGGUUCGAUGGUGCUCGCAGCGAUAUUCUACGUUAUGUUCUCCGCCUGUAUGAUAGGAGGCACUUUAUAUGGUACCGGUUACCAUUUUGCAAGCCUCACAGCACACGACCGUGUGACGGCUAUGGAGUAUUGGUGGCUUUGUGAAAUCGCAUACUGCUUCGCCUCCAUUUUCUGCAAGAUUUCCGUUUGCAUUUUCCUCCUGCGAAUCACCGUCAAGAAAACCCAUAUUUGGAUCCUCUAUACCGUCAUGGUUUUGACCGUUCUUGCGGGUCUGGUCUUCAUGUUCCUAAUGCUCCUGCAAUGCAAGCCGCUGUCAUAUUUCUGGACGCGGACGGCCAUGGACCCUAAUAUCGAAGGGUACUGCAUUAGCAUCAACAUUAUAAUUACCAUGACGUACGUCUACAGUGCAUUUUCCGCACUGUGUGAUUUCACCGUUGGUAUUCUGCCCAUCUUCAUCGUGCACAAGCUGCACAUGAGAAAGGAGGCCAAGCUGGCUGUCGUGGGUAUUUUGAGCAUGGCUUGCAUUGCUUCGUCGGCCGUGAUUGUCCGAUUCCCAUUCGUGAAGACAUUCGCCAACGAAGACUUCCUCUGGGCUACCUACCAAAUCGCGAUUUGGUCCAACAUUGAAGCCGGCCUUGGAAUUACCGCCGGCAGUCUUGCAACGCUACGACCUCUCCUCCGUCAGUGGUUGGGCUCUCGCAACGACUCGAACUAUCCGUCUGGAUUCCCGGGACCGUCAGGAUCUCGUAAGAACAGAGUAAGUGGAUCGCGAGGGUUGCCAUUGGGAUCCAUUGAUGGGAGCGCGCCCGGGAAGGCAGGAUUGAGGCCGGAUAAGUUGGCCGUCAUGGUCACGAACAUCGAAAGCCAAAUGGACACGGAAAAUACAUGGGUAGGGUCCAGCCCAGCCAGCAGCGAGGAGCGACUUACCAUUGAACACUCGACACCUGCGCACCGGAAAAUAGAAGUGGGCAUCCAUCAAACAUUCGAGGUCACGCAGACAUCCACGGAUCGAGACGAUAGACCUCAAGGAUCUCACCAGAUUGUGCGGGAGCAUGUAUAA